AAGUGGCGCAUGGCGGAGGUAAAUAUAAAUAACUAGCGAAGGUGGAACUGUCGGACUUCUGAGAUAUAGUUACUUAAUAUAUUGAAUUUACAUUAAAUAGUAGAUGAGUUUUUGCCUGUAAAUCCCGCAUUAUGGAACAGGAGCCAUGAGAGUCCUAAUUGGGGCAGCGCGGUGUAUUUUAUACACACACUCCCGGUGUGCACCAGCAGGGGGCAGCAGAUCGUUCUGGAGCUGGCUUAACGCCGUGUUUAACAAAGUUGAUUAUGAGAGGAUUAAGGCAGUUGGUCCAGACCGUGCAGCUACAGAAUGGCUCCUAAGAUGUGGAGCCAAAGUUCGUUUCUGUGGUUUCGACCGCUGGCAACAUGAUUACAAUGGGAUUCCGACUGGGCCGCUGGGCAGAUAUCAAAUCCAGGCCAUCGAUGCCACAGAAUCCUGCAUCAUGUACCAGGGAUUCGAUUACCUGGUUGGUCUGGAGCAUGUAGAGGAGAUAAAGCUGCGAAAGUGUAUAUACAUAGAGGAUGCAUGUCUGGAGCACUUGUCUAAGAUAGAGAAGCUGCAGAACAGCAUGAGGACAAUGGAGAUCGUCUCCUGUGGCAACGUGACAGAUAAAGGCAUCAUCAGCCUUCAUCACCUGAGGAACUUGGAGUACUUGUUCCUCAGCGACCUGCCAGGUGUGAACCAGAAACAGAAAACAGCAAACACACUGCAAACUGCACUACCCAAUCUUUCCAUAGAACUUGAUCUGGAUUAGUCAAUCAAAGGUUUUAUGUUUUUGCAUCCUCGACUGGCAAAACAGAUGAGCUGGGAUAUGAUAGUUACAGAAACUCUGUGAUUAAACUUGAACUGAUGUAUGAAGUGUAACAUUAAAGAAACAAAGUUUAUAUUAAAUAUGGACUACCAAUCAUAA